AUGCAUGAUUGCAAAAUAACCCAGAUUGGAUCAUGCAUUUGCACUGGUGAGCCUUUAAGUGGCCCUGAUGUUCUGCAAAAUCCCAGCUUCCCGUUUGGCUCCUGGAUCCACCCAGGCCUGAGGAUGGCCCGUACUAUGGAUCCACUGGCAAAGAAGAUCUUUAAAGGAGUUUUAGUAGCUGAACUUGUGGGCGUUUUUGGAGCAUAUUUUUUGUUUAAAAAGAUGAACACAAGCCAAGAUUUCAGGCAAACAAUGAGCAAGAAAUUCCCUUUCAUCUUGGAAGUUUAUUACAAAUCCAUUGAACACUCUGGAAUGUAUGGCAUCAGAGAGCAAGAUCAAGAAAAAUGGCUGAACAGCAAAAAUUAGGAGUAAGUAGAA